UUUGCCUUCAUCUCGCAUGAGUGUAAACAUGGACGUAAGAAGUUUUUGGAUUCUGGUUUAAUUUUUUGUUCUUAAAUCGAUUUUUUGUUAAUAUAAGAUUAUAUACCAAAAGAAUUUCAUUUUAAUGAAAAUGGCAGCAGCACCCUUUCCACCAGUGACCCAGCAGUCUCCCUCACAACACAGUUCUUAUUACAACAGCACAUACCCAUCAAGCCCUCUCUCUUGCUUACCCAAAUGCACCUCUCUUAAAGAACUUAAGCAGAUUCAAGCCUUUUCGAUCAAAACCCACCUCCAAAAUGACCUCCAAAUCCUCACCAAGCUCAUCAACUCUUGCACUCAAAACCCCACCACCGCCUCCAUGGACUACGCACACCAGCUGUUUGAAGCAAUUCCCCAGCCAGACAUUGUCCUCUUUAACUCCAUGUUUCGCGGCUAUUCGCGGUCCAAUGCCCCUCUCAAAGCCAUCUCUCUCUUUAUCAAAGCUUUAAACUAUAAUCUCUUGCCAGAUGACUACACUUUCCCAUCUUUACUUAAAGCGUGUGUGGUCGCUAAAGCCUUUCAACAAGGUAAACAGCUGCAUUGCCUUGCUAUCAAACUUGGGCUAAAUGAGAAUCCUUAUGUCUGCCCUACACUUAUAAAUAUGUACGCCGGGUGUAAUGAUGUGGAUGGGGCUCAACGAGUGUUUGAUGAGAUAUUAGAACCGUGUGUUGUUUCAUAUAAUGCUAUUAUAACGGGCUAUGCUAGAAGUAGCAGGCCUAAUGAGGCACUGUCUCUGUUUCGCGAAUUGCAAGCUAGGAAACUUAAGCCUAAUGACGUUACCGUGCUCAGUGUUCUAUCGUCGUGUGCAUUGUUGGGUGCCUUAGACUUAGGGAAGUGGAUCCAUGAAUAUGUUAAGAAGAAUGGACUGGAUAAAUAUGUUAAGGUGAAUACGGCACUUAUAGAUAUGUACGCCAAAUGUGGAAGCUUGGAUGGUGCCAUUUCUGUCUUCGAUAGCAUGAGUGUAAGAGACACGCAGGCUUGGUCUGCGAUGAUCGUGGCAUAUGCAAUGCAUGGGCAGGGUCAAGAUGUGAUGUCUAUGUUCGAAGAAAUGACGAGGGCAAAAGUGCAGCCUGAUGAUAUUACAUUUUUAGGCCUACUGUAUGCUUGUAGUCACACUGGAUUGGUGGAUGAAGGUUUUCGGUAUUUCUAUAGUAUGAGUGAGGUGUAUGGAAUUAUUCCUGGGAUCAAGCAUUACGGGUGUAUGGUGGAUUUAUUAGGUCGAGCUGGACUCUUACAUGAAGCUUAUAAGUUCAUAGAUGAGUUGCCGAUCAAGCCCACACCUAUACUGUGGCGAACCUUAUUAUCUUCAUGUAGUAGCCAUGGCAAUCUGGAAUUGGCAAAGCAAGUGAUGAACCAGAUUCUUGAACUUGACGACUCUCAUGGCGGGGAUUAUGUAAUUUUAUCAAACCUGUGUGCAAGAGCUGGCAAAUGGGAAGAUGUGGAUACUUUAAGAAAAUUAAUGAUCCAUAAAGGUGCAGUAAAGAUUCCUGGGUGCAGCUCCAUAGAGGUAGAUAAUGUAGUGCAUGAGUUCUUCUCUGGGGAUGGUGUGCAUUACGUUUCUACAGCUUUACAUCGAGCUCUGGAUGAGCUGGUUAAGGAGUUAAAAUCAGUCGGAUAUGUACCAGAUACUUCUCUGGUCGUUCAUCCUGAUAUGGAAGAUGAAGAGAAAGAAAUCACUCUUAGAUAUCAUAGUGAAAAAUUGGCCAUUUCCUUUGGACUCCUCAACACCCCCCCAGGGACAACAAUCCGCGUGGUGAAGAAUCUUCGAGUUUGCGGGGAUUGCCAUUCUGCUGCUAAACUUAUAUCGUCACUCAUUGAUAGGGAGAUAAUUCUUAGAGAUGUCCAACGAUUUCAUCAUUUCAAAGACGGGAAAUGCUCUUGUGGGGAUUACUGGUAGAAGAGUCUGUUCAACUGAAAUUCCUCCUUGUAUGAUUGAGACAUCUGCAUAUCGUCCCUGUCUUUCAACAGCUAUUUCGCCCUGCUAUCAUUAGAAGGCUUCGGAGUCGGUACUGCAGUUGCUCCUAAUUACUCCAUUCGUUCAACAUAUAUAAGUUCUCGAAAUCUUUAGUUGCUUGUAAAGAAUCAAGAGUAGCAGGGUCGGUUCCAAGUGGCGAUCCCUGUAAGUUUUCAUCAGGCACGUGCACAUUGGUGUAUAUUCUGAACCAUUGAUGUGCAGCAGCAGACAAUUGAUCAAUACAUCAUUACCUUUCUAGUUAUAA